UCAUUACACUCCGCUCUCGUGGAACAGCGCGCGCUUUUCGGAUAAUUUUAUUCCUUUUUUUCGUGAAUUUUAAUGAAAUCCCAAAAAAUAUUGAUUGACUCUUGAAAGGACUUGAUUUUACUUUUGUUAAUUGUUUUUGUUAAGUUUUUGUUUUUCAGAAUUUGUUAGAUUUGUUAACAAGUUUUUGUUGAGUUUUUGUAUGGAUCCGACCAGAAUUACAUAAAUUUCCAAAUUCCAAACGAUCCAUUUGACAAAUCUAAAUCUAUUGAAUUUUCCCCAAAAUGUCUUCAAAUCGAAAUAGUUAUGAAAAAAGCUCCAGCCGCUCGGGUGCAACCAACAACUCCAAUGGAAAUAAUGAAAUGUCGGAAUCAUGUCAACCACAACAUGAUCUGUCGGCGGGGCAUUCUGAUUUCCAAACGGCAUACCCCAAACUAUUUAAUCAGCCUUUUGGUUCAGACAAUGCUGCGCCCGACACCGAUCGUAAAUUGUAUCCCAUUGAGGAACAACAAGAGACAGAGCUUGAGCUGGAACAGCGGCAUGAAAAGAUCGAGGCAGAAAGUGCUGACAAUGCCUAUGAUGCUGACGUUGAUGAUGAUUUGUUAGCUCGAAAUGUUGUUGAACCCGUGGCUAAUAUGGAGCAGGAAAUUGAAGGUCCCGGUGCAAGUGAGAAAAUUCUCGAGGACAAAAUGCACAUAUAUCAGCUCUUUCAGCCCUGGGCAUUGAAGACUUACGGUGAUUUGGCGAAAACAAAAACAAUUACAAUGAGAAAAAAAGUUCGAAUCUUAAAAGCUUUGGAAGGUAAGGAGCAUAGUCGUCCGGAUAGUUCAAAGUUUCGUUUUUGGGUAAAGACCAAAGGUUUUACAACUAAACGACCCGAAAGUUUUGAGGAUGCACCCUGUACUCAACGCCAAAAGAAAGUGUUACCACCCGAUGCGGUGCUGUCCGAAAAUCCAGCCGAUGUUGACCUCUAUGUAGCUUCCACAACAAAGGAUUUGGAUAAACGGACCUACCGCAAAGUCGCCGUAGUCGAGGAGUUCUUUGACAUAAUUUACCAAAUUCAUAUGGAAUUGGGAGGUAGAAGUGGUAUGCACGCUGGACAAAAACGAACCUACCGAAUUAUCUCCGAGACCUAUGCUUUCUUACCUCGAGAAGCUGUCACACGCUUCCUCUCCAUAUGCCCAGAGUGCAAGAAGAACUUAAGACCUUCUUCUCCCACAACUUCUCAUGCCAAAGAAGACAUAGCGGGGGUCAUACAAAACGAAAGUUCAUCCGAAGUUGAAGUCCUCAAUUAUUCUUCGCACACGGAAAGCUCCAUGGAAGCGGGUCCAACUACAAAAACGUCAACAAAAACUUCUUUGUCAACUGGUGUUUUACCAAACCCAGUUAAAUUACAACCCAAAAAACGCAGAUAUUCAAGUCCGGAUAAUAAUUCUAAGGUUUUUGGUUCUGGCUCCGAGCCAAGUGAUUCUAAUCGGCGCCUCUCGACUAGGGCAAGUUCAAGUCCAGUUUUAGACGCAACGUCUAGGCCCAUCUUAGCGCCACAAGCUCACAAACCAAAAAUCCGUGUAAAUCCCAAUUUGCAGAGACCAUAUACACCGCCCACACUUUCAGAAAGUUCGAUCUUUGCUCAACCUUGUCAUUCCGGUUAUAGCUUUGAUUAUCAUUCGCUUAAAUCGCGUGGCAAUAUGAUGCGCUAUUACGAUUUCAUGCGUCGUUUGUACUCAGGAAAUCUGGCAAUGCCCCAUUCAUUUAUAGCGCCGCCCACUUUCCCCAAAGAAUUGUCGAAAAAAUACCUUAAACCCGUCAGCUCGAAAGCUUCGUCCCUGCCGACGACUAAACAACCAACGGCAGAUCGAAUUCCUGAAAUGUUCACUUCUUCAUCUUCCGACGAGGACCCGGACAACAUUAGUGCGGUGAAAGCCAAACGUUUCAAAAUCUCUUGCGAGAGUUCGGACAGAACAAAAACAUUAGAAUUAUCAUCCUGUCCCAUAACAGCCGUUGCUGACGACUUUGUCCAAACUACCCAAAUUCGUGCAAUUAAUCUUUCGAAAAAUUCUUCUCAUUUCAGUGCCGAAGAAAAGAUUGGAUCCGGAAGCUGCACGCCACAUCGUCCAACUUCGUCGCAGGAAAUACGACCGGCCACAUCGACACCUACUUCCAUUAAACAGGAGACUGUGAGUCCUCCCAAGUCGACACUGUUGCCCUCUCUGCGAAUUCCUCAGAUACGCUCGAUAUCGGGACUGCCGCCAUUGGAUUUCGAGCGACUCAAGCCGAUUACAUCGACAUAUCUACAGCUGACGCGCAGCAUGGGCUUAAGUGACGAAGAAGCGUUGCGCUUCGACAAUUUGUCUAUUUUUUCCAUGACAUAUUUGGCCUAAACCCCCAACCGAAAUGAGCCGUACUGCAUCCAAGAACAAAAAAAAAACUACAAAUCCCCGCAAGAACACUCAUGGCAAUAGCAAAGACAACAACCUAUCCUGCUCGUGUUUAGCUUUUUAGUUAAUUUUUCGCUUUGCAAUAUUUUAUUUAUAAAUUUUAAUUAUUAUUUGUCAAUGUUUUUUGUUUGUUUGUUCUUUUUUAUUUGUUUUAUAUUUUUUUACACAGCUGAGCUUUUAAUAAAUUUGAUUAAAUUGUAAAAUUUGUUAUUGGCUUUUUAUUGCUGCGCUAAUGCUUUUUUAACGCUUCUUAGUAUUGUAAUAUUGUAUUUGGAAUAGAUUAUGAAAUAAAACUAAAGAACAAAUUUGUUCAUUUGGAAGAAAG